AUGGCCUGUGAGGGAGACCAGAACCUGUUCUCUUCUCUCCAUGGCGACCUGGUACAGCGGCUGCCACUGGAGCCAGUGGAAUGGCGCCGCUCGUACGGCCGGCCGCCCAGGAUGGUCCAGGUCGAGGCCAACUUCGUCCCCUUCACUGACGAGAUGCUGCCCAAGGAGGGGGACAUGUCGUUGCUACGGCAACCAUUCUUCCACAUGUUCUGGACAGACUGUCCCGAUGUAGACGUCUACAAAAUCCAGACGAAAGACGAGAUCACCCUCUGGCUGCAGAAGCUGCGUAUCUACAACAUCCAGGACUGGAUGAUCGUUCUGGUUGCCAAUAGCGACGCCAAGAAGAACAAGCUGUUGCCGAGGACGACCGUGAUUGACAAGAUUAAGAGCGACUUCUGCAGCAAACAGGCUGACAGAUGCCUGGUUAUCUACGAUCCACUGACAGAUUCUCCCAAGUCCCUGGAGUCGUGGGUCGCGCUAGUCCAGCGCCUGAAACAGCUGCUUCUCGUGUCCUUCAACCGGAACCUCGGACAGUUCGAGGACAACAUGCGCGCUCAGAGGGAGCGCCGCACUGAGGUGGAUUGGAACUUCUGCAGAUACUUUCUGGUCCAGGAGGAGCUAGCGUUUGUGUUUGAGAUGCUGAAGCAGUAUGAAGAUGCUCUGGUCCAGUACGAUGAGCUGGACGCUCUCUUCACCCAGUUUGUACUCAACAUACAGGCCGGAGACAUUCCUGAGUGGCUGGGCAGCUUCAGUCGGCCGUGCACGUGCUGGGACGGGCUGUAUCUAUGGCAACCAGUUAACUACGACAAGCGCGACCUGAUCCAGGAGAACACGGCGACCCUGCUCGACCUCCGCAACUACCUGUUCUCUCGCCAGUGCGCUCUGCUGUUCUUCUUACAGCGACCGUGGGAGGUCGCUCAGAGGACACUGCCUUUUGUGCACAAUGUUAUCAGGGAACUGGAGAUAUUGGAGUUGACCCUCCCUGCCGGUGCUGUUGCAUGCUGGGCCUUCAUGAGCUGUUUGGAGGUUCUGCAGAUGAUUGAGAGAUGCAGUGACUCUUCUCAGGUGGAGGCGUACUCCCCAUACACAGCCUCGAUCUGGGCGUAUGCACGGGAGAAGCUACAUGAACUAGGAGUGAUGUGUGGCUUGAUGCCUGACAUGACCCCAUCAUCAGAACAGCUGCAUAUGGUGGUGGACCUGCUGGCUGGGAUGGGGCAGAAACCGGAGAAAGAGAGCAUCCCAAACAGUCCAGACAAGAAGUUAAGAGAAGCGUUGUCGUCCAAAGCUGCGUUCCAGAAACACUACCUGGAGCUGUCGGAGCUGGCCAUGGGGACGUACAAGCACAUCGGCAGGAUCCGGUCUGCUCGCAGGAUCGGCAAGGAUCUCGCAGCGUUCUACAUGAUGCUGGGAGAUGCCCGUAAGGCGGAGUCCUUCCUGUCAGACGCCCUGAAGAUGUACCAGCGAGAAGGGUGGGGUCUCCUAGCAACCAACACCUGUAAGGACCUGGCCUUCUGUCAGAAGGAGCUCAACAACAUGCAGAAAUAUGCCGAGUCAUGCUCCCUGCUGGCCUCCAACGAUCUGCUCAGUCCUGCAGACAGGACACACUUCUACACCGAGCUGUUGUCUGUCUGUGGCAAGUCAGCAGGAGGGGAUUCGUCCCUCCUCCUGCACAUGGAGCCCAUGAUGACCAUCACAGAUGUGUGCAUAGACAGUGAGAAGCGACACCCGAUACUGGGCAGUAAUGUGCACAUUACCCUCCACAUGCAGAGCUCCUUCUCAGAAGACAUGUCCUUCGACAAGGUGACCUUGGUUCUCCAGCGUGAGCUGAGAGAGCCGUCCGUCACGUCUCAGAGCGAGGAGAAACCUGCGGAACUCGGCGGGGACAAGCCGACCUCCGACCCCCCGCGGUUCCACAAGAGGAGCGUGAGCGUGGGCUGUAUGUCCAGUCUCAGGGGCUGGAACGGGCAGGCGGCUUCUAACCAGAUCCCCAGCUACCUGAAUGUCCAGGCGGAGUGCCAGGUGAAACCUGACGGCAGUCUGAACUUGUCAGGCAUCAACUGCCCCAGCGCCAGCCAGUUUCUGUCCUGUGUUAGACUCAAACUAACAGGACAUUUCCUUCCCUCUCCCCAGGUCCUGUAUCCCCAGCUACCCGAAAGUCCAAGCAAAUUAUCCAAUGACAAGGAAGACCAGAUGAUCCCCAGCUACCUGAAUGUCCAGGCCGAGUGUCAGGUGAAACCUGAUGGCAGUCUGAACUGGUCCGGCAUCAACUGCCCCAGUUCAAGUUUACAAUGGCACAACAUCACAAGAUUCUAUAUCCCCAGCUACUUGAACGUCCAGGCGGAGUGCCAGGUGAAACCUGACGGCAGUCUGAACUGGUCGGGCAUCAACUGCCCCAGCGCCAGCCAGUUUCUACGGCGACAGGACUCCUCCCACUCGCUGGUCAAAGGUCAGGAGGUCGUGAAGGAGGAGGGCGACCUGAACCUGGAGGUCGGGAACAUUACCCUGAAACCUGGAGACAAUAAAAUCUGCUUCUCCACCACUGUUGAGAGCCGAGGCCUGUUCACAGUCCGACAGCUAGUCCUGAGACUGAGCAGUGCUGAGUUUGUCUCCUCCCGGAUCUGGCCCCCAUCCUCGUACGAAGUCGCCAGUCAGAACCCGACGGUGACGCUCACACCUCUACAGGACCUCCUGGCUGGAAUCCCUCAGCAGAUCCAGGUGACCGUGUGCACAGGUGACCACGUUUUGCCACAGGACACCACGAUAGGGUUCUCCACAACCCCCCAACUCACCCUCCAGGCACCACAGGACAGACAUGGGAAGGUCACCAAACAGGAUGCAGGUGAGGGCAGAGUUCAAAGAUCACUAAACAGGAUACAGGUUACAAAGUUUGAGUCCAGAGUUGUAAGUGUUAACUUCUUCUCCUCCACAGCUGAAGAUGAAUCCCCAGAUGAUGUAGAGUACCAGUCAGAGGAGGAUGGAGGCUGCCUGGUCCUGAAGCUGCCCACUGUAGAGGCGUACCAUCGUCUCCAGCUGACCGUCUGGGCCACAGCGGAGAUCCCUGACCUGGGGUUGGCUGGACAGGAGGGAGAUGCCACCAAUGUGGAACACAAGGUCUCCUUUAAGAGUCCACUAGUAAAAGAUGAACCUGAGACGACCUUCAUUUUCCACUAUCCAUUCCUGGCCAAGAACCAGCUACACACUGCAGGGGACAGUAAGUUUGUGCAUGUGGAGGUGGUUGGCCUGAGCAGUGCCAAGUUUGACCUACAGAACCCUGACCUCUCCAUCAGUGACCUGCAGGACAGUGACACGGCUGUGAGAUUGACACCGCUCCAUCAAGACAGCCCCAUGAUUGUAUACAAGGACCAGACCGUGUCGUACCUGUGGCAGCUGCACCCAGAAGAACUGCAGGGACUGCCGCAGCUCAGCUGCAGGUUUUCUCUGCAGUACUGUCUGCAGGGAUCACAGCAGCAGACUCCCUACAACUACAGCUUUACAAUGAACAGCUUUAAGACCCUGUACCAGGUAGAGACCUCAGUAGAGACACCAACAGGCAGUGAGAAGUGCCAGACCCUGUACCAGGUAGAGACAACAGUGGAGACCCCCACAGGCUGUGAGAAGUGCCAGACCCUGUACCAGGUCGAGACAUCAGUGGAGACCCCAACAGGUAGUGAGAAGUGCCAGACCCUGUACCAGGUGGAGACAACAGUGGAGACCCCCACAGGUAGUGAGAAGUGCCAGACCCUGUACCAGGUGGAGACAACAGUGGAGACCCCCACAGGUAGUGAGAAGUGCCAGACCCUGUACCAGGUAGAGACAACAGUGGAGACCCCCACAGGUAGUGAGAAGUGCCAGACCCUGUACCAGGUAGAGACGACAGUUGAGACCCCAACAGGCAGUAAGAAGUGCCAGACCCUGUACCAGGUGGAGACAACAGUGGAGACCCCCACAGGUAGUGAGAAGUGCCAGACCCUGUACCAGGUGGAGACAACAGUGGAGACCCCCACAGGUAGUGAGAAGUGCCAGACCCUGUACCAGGUAGAGACGACAGUGGAGACCCCCACAGGCAGUGAGAAGUGCCAGACCCUGUACCAAGUAGAGACGACAGUUGAGACCCCCACAGGCAGUGAGAAGUGCCAGACCCUGUACCAAGUAGAGACGACAGUUGAGACCCCCACAGGCAGUGAGAAGUGCCAGGCUGGAGUUCUGUGUCAUCGAUUCCAGACCCUGUACCAGGUAGAGACGACAGUAGAGACCCCCACAGGUAGUGAGAAGUGCCAGGCAGGAGUUUUAUGUCCCCUGAGACUGCUCAUCACCUCCACAUCCCAACCUGUGGACAGACAGGACACAGAUUCGGUACCGCUCAUGUACGAGGUGCUGGCAGACAACACCAUGUGGGCUGUGUGCGGCAAGAGUUCAGGGGUCGUCUCCAUGCCGACCGCUACCAUGACAACCAAGGAGGUUCUGCUGGAGGUCAUGCCUCUGAUUGGUGGAUACCUGCCGGUUCCUGUCGUCCAAUUGUCCCAGUACCAGGAGCUACCCUCUCCAGACAACAAUGAACUCUCCCCUGGCACCGUUAGACCCUCCCCUGACAGUGUUGAACGGUCCCCUGAUGACAGUCAUCCAGGACAGGUGUACUUCGGACAUGGACAGGUGUACAGCUGUAGCCAGGCGCAGCAGGUGCACGUCUUACCUGCCAACAACGGGGGCAACCUGGUCAUCACCUUCCAAUGAACUU